CGGGGCGGGUGCGGGGUGCGGUGGUCCGCGGGGGAGGGCCCCUGCGCUUUAAAAUAAUGCCCGCGGCGCCCGCGCGACCAUGCAAUGGCGAGCGCUCGUUCUGGGGCUGGUGCUCCUCCGGCUUGGCCUCCAUGGAGUGCUGUGGCUCGUCUUUGGGCUGGGGCCCAGCAUGGGCUUCUACCAGCGUUUUCCUCUCAGCUUCGGCUUCCAGCGCCUGAGGGCCCCCGACGGCCCCGAGUCUCCUGCCUUGGGGCCCGCGGGCCGGCCCGGGCCGCCUGGGGGCCCGUCGGGGCCGUCGUGGCUGCAGCCACCGGUCCCCGGGGCGGCAGCGGGGCGGCGGCGGGGUCCGCGGCGACCCAGGCCAGGCGUGUGCGGCCCAGCCCACUGGGGCUAUGUGCUGGGUGGCUGGGGCCGCGGCCCGGACGAGUACGAGAAGCGCUACAGCAGCGCCUUCCCGCCGCAUCUGCGCGCCCAGAUGCGCGACCUGGCGCGGGGCAUGUUCGUCUUCGGCUACGACAACUACAUGGCGCACGCCUUUCCCCAGGACGAGCUCAACCCCAUCCACUGCCGCGGCCGAGGGCCUGACCGCGGGGACCCUUCAAAUCUGAACAUCAAUGAUGUCCUAGGGAAUUAUUCAUUGACUCUUGUUGAUGCGUUGGAUACGCUUGCAAUAAUGGGAAAUUCAUCCGAGUUCCAGAAAGCAGUCAAGCUAGUGAUAAACACAGUCUCAUUUGACAAAGAUUCCACCGUCCAAGUCUUCGAGGCCACGAUAAGGGUCCUAGGAAGCCUUCUUUCUGCCCACAGAAUAAUCACUGACUCCAAGCAGCCCUUUGGUGACAUGACAAUUAAGGAUUAUGAUAAUGAAUUGUUGCACAUGGCUCAUGACCUGGCUGUGCGGCUCCUCCCUGCUUUUGAAAACACCAAGACCGGAAUCCCUUAUCCUCGGGUGAAUCUAAAGACUGGCGUCCCUCCUGACAGCAAUAAUGAGACCUGCACAGCGGGAGCCGGCUCCCUCCUGGUGGAAUUUGGGAUUCUGAGCCGACUUCUGGGGGAUUCUACAUUCGAGUGGGUGGCCCGGCGUGCUGUGAAAGCCCUUUGGAACCUGCGGAGCAACGAUACGGGAUUAUUAGGCAACGUGGUGAACAUUCAGACAGGCCACUGGGUUGGAAAGCAGAGCGGCUUGGGCGCUGGACUGGACUCCUUUUACGAAUACCUCUUGAAGUCUUACAUUCUCUUUGGAGAAAAAGAAGACCUAGAAAUGUUUAAUGCUGCGUAUCGGAGUAUUCAGAACUACUUAAGAAGAGGCCGGGAAGCCUGUAACGAAGGAGAAGGAGACCCCCCGCUCUACGUCAAUGUGAACAUGCUCAGCGGGCAGCUCAUGAACACUUGGAUCGACUCGCUGCAGGCCUUCUUCCCUGGACUGCAGGUUCUGAUAGGAGACGUGGAAGAUGCCAUCUGCCUCCACGCCUUUUACUAUGCGAUCUGGAAACGCUACGGGGCCCUCCCUGAGAGAUAUAACUGGCAGCUACAGGCCCCUGACGUGCUCUUCUACCCGCUGAGACCUGAGUUAGUGGAGUCUACGUACCUCCUGUACCAGGCAACCAAGAAUCCCUUCUACCUCCAUGUAGGAAUGGAUAUUCUGCAGAGUCUGGAAAAGUACACAAAAGUCAAGUGUGGGUAUGCUACGUUGCAUCACGUCAUAGAUAAAUCCAAAGAGGACCGGAUGGAGAGCUUCUUCCUCAGUGAGACCUGUAAAUACUUGUAUCUGCUAUUUGAUGAGGAGAAUCCAGUCCACAAAUCUGGAACCAAAUACAUGUUUACAACUGAGGGACACAUUGUAUCUGUGGACAAACAUCUUCGGGAAUCACCCUGGAAGGAAUUCUUCUCCCAAGAGGGAGGGCAGGACCAAGAGGGGAAGUCUGUGCACAGGCCUAAAUCUCCUGAGUUAAAAGUCAUCAACUCCAGCUCCAAUUGCAAUCGUGUUCCUGACGAGAGGAGAUACUCCCUGCCCUUAAAGAGCAUCUACAUGCGACAGAUUGACCAGAUGGUUGGCUUGAUUUGAUCUGCUGUCCUCUGUGCAGCCGAGUCGGAAACGGGAGCAAACAGCCGAGCCCACCCUGUGUCAAGAUCCAUCCCGAGGGCGAAGAGAAUGGAAGUCUGGCCGCCCGUGGUGGUGUUGGCAUUUCCGUCCGGCUCCGCACACAGAAUCGUGCAUAGUUAGUGUUUCUCUUCUGUUCAAUAAAAUGCCCUGUUUUCUUAAGGAUGUAGUUUGAAGUAAGAAGGUACAUGGGAUUGGCUUCCUACGACAUGCUGAUUUUGUAAGCACAGUGCGGAUGGGGCAUCUCUGGAUGGAUCUUCCUAGCCUCGCACUUCACAAAACCCAACAAGUGUGAUCCUGUCUCCAGCACUUGUUGUGACUGCAGUAUUGCUACCUCUCUGUUAGAGGACUGUGAACGAAAUUUCCAUGCAAAGGGCCCGAGGUUCAUUGCUAUUUAUUGCAUUUUGUUAUCCUUUCUCUCUCACUAGAUAAUUGGGCUCUCUCUCCACCCAUGAUUUGGGAUCCCUUGAGGCAAAAUCCUUCAGUUAUUCGUUUGCAUCCCAAGUAAUCUUCACAAUGAGUUAACUGAUUAUGAAUAACUUAUCUGAAUUUCAAAAGGCAGUCUCUUACCUUGUGCCAAGGCCAGAUCUUUUGGAUGGUAUAUUACAUUUACUUUGAACUUAACCUGAGGAACUCCCAUAGUUCCAGAACCAGGUGCCUUUUAGGGAGAGAGAAAUACCUAAGGAUGUCUGCGCUUCCCUCCGUCUCAUAUUUACUAGCCAAGGAUUCUCCCUUCUGACCGUGUUUGGGUUAGAAUUGGGUUUUGUUUUUGUUUUCUGUGUCUAGUGCCAAUUAGCUAAGUCAGGGAGAGUGAAAGAUCAGAUGACUCUCUGGCACCCUUGAGCCAUUUCUCUGUGUAAUACAGGCUUUAGAUUAGUGCCUUAUUCGAUUUUGGUUGGGGCCGCUGGUUGUCAGGGCUGCUGGCACGCUUGGAGCAGGCUCGUUUUGUAUAGCCACAUGGUGGGACCACAGUGAAGGAGGGAUGGGAUGAGUAUUAGUAAGACUGGGAAAUUCUUGGUCGGUCCUUGCCUUUCAGCCUGAUGUUUUUAAGCAAACCUCCAUGAAGAGGAAGUUGUGCUCAAAUGCCUUCUUUGUUGUUAUUUUCUUAGCCAGAAAACUUUGAACUUAAACUGAAUACUCAUACAAAGCAGAGGUGGAUUUGAACCCUCAGCCUGGCUUCCGUGUCACAUCUGAGGUGGUAGUGAAUCCCGGUAGAAAGGUGGGGAGUCUACUGAAACACCCCCACCCUCACCUGUCACGUCACUCACCUGUCUCUGCUUGCACACUUCAGGCGACUUCCUGUUCAUCCUUUUAAACCUAGAAGUAAGUGUGGUCUAAGCCAUUGCAUAUCAAUCAAAGGGAAAGAUUUUAUUUAUUCCUUCUUGAAAAUAUGUCACUGGGCUUUUUUUUUAUUAGAUAAAGAGUUCAGUUCGUGGAGAUUUUUUAAAAAAGGAUUUUCAGUAAUAAACGUGUCUCCCCUAUCUUUUAAAUAUUUACUAUGCAAAUUGUCAUAAAGUAAACAAAAUCAAAUGCUCCUGUUUUACCUGGUUUCUUAAUUUCAGAGGCAUUCUCUUUAUCGACCUUGUCUAUCUACUGAAUAGAAAAUUUUCUCUGAGAGCAUAUUUUCUUCGACUUGGUCAGACAAAAUGCCCCAUUUUACAUACACAUAUGCUCAUAGGCCCGAGUGUCCGUGCAUCUUUUCUCCAGGCACAUUGGGAAAAGAAGCAUUUGGGAGGAGGGGGCACGUCCGGGACGAAAGUGGGUCCUCCGUGCAUCUGCUCUCUCUCGUGGCCUUGCUGGGUUCCCUGUGCAGCUUCUGUGACAACAGUGAUGUGUGGCGUUCCGACAUUACCCUCGCCUCCGGCCCUUACCCUGUCACCUGCUCUGGAGUUGCAGCCCCCUCGUGCUCAGGAAUGGGGAUCUCUGCCUGAGUGCCACUGACACACCCCAGGGACUAGAGGCUGGCAUGAGAUGUGUCUUGUAGGAAGUCCCAAACCCUCCUGACGUCUAGGCACUGCCUUGUGCCAGGCGGCGAGCCGGAGGGUGAGCGAGUGACUGCAGACUCAGCCUGGUUGUUGAGCUUGCAGGCUGCACAGUCUAGAGUGAUGCUGUACGGUCCGGGCUCUGUGGGGCUGGAUGUGGAAUACCGUCUGGUGCCAGCCAUGCAAGGAGGGGUCUUUGAGCCACGUUCCAAGCUUGCUUGUGUUCUGGUUGGAAGUCAGAAUGUCCACAACUGUGUUCUAUCUUGCAGGGCUUUUGCUGUGUCUUUUAUUCUGCGUUGCAGGAUAUCAUGUAGGGAAAGGCUGAGGGAGGAGUGCCGAAGAAGUUCCUUUGCUCAGUGCUUUGCCCCAGGGCCGCCCUGCUUCUGACCAGGUGCCAUCCUUUGGAGCAGCUGUGAGCCUGCACCACCCUCGCCUGCCCCUGUGUAGCUGGUGUCUGGAGGCUGCUUGUGUCGACACUAAGACGAUGGUCUCACAGAACUGCUGUAGAAAGCUGCCUUGUAGUUAGUUAGGCUGGGUGGAGUCUGAAUCUCCUCCCACAGAGUUCUAAAUCGGUACAGGGCAGUCUCGAUGGGACCAGGGAGCUCUAUUUCCUGAGGAGUAGGAGACAAAGGAAGUCUGGCUUCCACUUGUGCCAGCUUCCAUUUGCACAUCUGUCCUGCCGUUAGUUCCAGUUCUUCGACCAGAACUUGGUCUGUGCCUCUGAAUCCCAGGUUUCCGGGCUGUUCCGGGUCAGGGUGGGGGCGCACACAUGUCACUGAAGUCCUGUGUUUAUGCACCAAGGUGGUGGCUGUGCAGGUGAAUUGUAGAGGAGGGUCUGGGUACCAUCCGAGGGUCUGAACCUGCUUCCCCCCACCUCUCCCCUCCCCCACCAAAGAAAAAUAGCCUCUUCGCUAUUUUUUAGCUUGGUUUACUGAAUGAUUGCAAACAGUAAUCCUUUGCUUUGGAUCUUGUGGACUUAACAUCAGACACUUUUCUUCCUUCCAGAGGGCUCCAGGGGUCUUUCUCUUGUGACACUUUCAAAUAUAAUGGUGAAAAGGCAGGGUGCAUGAUUGCGCUAACCUGAGUGCCUGAGCAGGGACUUCUGAAGAAAAUCUUGGUCUUUUCUUUUCAUUCCCAGACAUCCAGCUCCUUCUCUAGUGCCUCUUCCCUGCAGGGCAGGGACCCUUGUGAAAGAGAGAAGGUGGCUGGCAGGGCUGUGUGUCCCCAGGUUUUGCAGGGCUCAGGGUUCUGUUCCUGCUUGGCGUUUGGACGUGAAUCCGGGAAAAUGUACCUGUGGACCUUCCUGAUUCCUUACCCUCUUUCCCUCUUCCUGAGAGGCAGAGAAAUACUAUUUUUUAAAAGGUAUUUUGUUUUAGUUUUAAACAGCAAAACACAACCUGCAUUUUUAUUUAUCAUGCACAAGAAAGGUAAAUCUGUUUUUACAAAAAAAAUCUGGAGAUGGAAACUCUGGGAAAACCAAUUGAAAUAUACACAUGCUUCUCUCUCUGUAAUGUGCAAUAUGCUUUGCAACUAUAGAUGAUAUUUUAUGUUUAAUCUGUAAAUAAGAAAUGUAUUUAAAUUAAGAGGGAGCUUUUUGUAAAAGGACCAAAUGUUCUUUUAUAAAUGUACUAAGAAAUAUCUUGUUCUUCAAAAUUUAUUAGGAUUUUUAUGAGUAAUUUUUAUUAAAAGAUUCUUUUUUUUUGAAUUGUCA